UCGGCCGCGCGCUCUGACACACGCACACACUCACACUCGGAGACACACGAGUGCUCCAGAGCUGCUUCUACCGCUGCCGCUGAAGAAGUCGAGGGCUUUACCGCCGGGCAACGUCGUCUCCUAACCAAUCCGGGAUUUAACCAUUGGCUCAUGUCUUCUCAAGCCUGAUUCGCCCCCCCCUCCCACUUAACGAAAAAGCAGAUCUUACUCUCCUUGUUUACAGCCGCUUCUUCGCCGAUUCCUUUUUUCCUCCCCAUUUUCUUCCUUCCCCACUUUUUUUUCUCUGCUCCUGCGCUUGGAGAUUACUUAGGGCUAGGGGAGAGGUUGACAAUCCUUUUGAAUUUUUAUUUUUUUGGAGGGGGGGAAACACCCCAACCUUGCGUUUCUUUCUCGCGCUCUCCCCCUCCCUCUCUCUCCCCCUCCCUCUCCGUCUCCCUCCCUUCCAUCUCUCUGGCUUUUCCCAGACCAAAUCCGGGCUGAUGUGCUUCGACAGAGCUUGGAAAUGGAAGUGCUGAUGGUCUGGCUUUUCCCUUGGAUCUUUCAGUGCCUUUCCGUGCGAGCCGACUCGAUCAUCCAUAUCGGUGCGAUCUUCGAAGGCAACGCGGCCAAGGACGACGAGAUCUUUAAGCAGGCGGUGGCCGACCUCAGCCUCAACGAUGACAUCCUGCAGAGCGAGAAGAUCACUUACACCAUCAAGCUGAUAGAAGCCAACAACCCCUUUCACGCCGUGCAGGAAGCCUGUGACCUGAUGACCCUGGGGAUUUUAGCCUUAGUGACUUCUACUGGUUGUGCCUCCGCCAAUGCCUUGCAGUCUUUGACAGAUGCCAUGCACAUCCCUCACCUCUUUGUCCAACGCAACACAGGAGGUUCUCCACGGACAGCAUGCCACCUAAAUCCUAGCCCAGAGGAAGAGGAAUACACCUUAGCAGCCCGGCCACCUGUUCGGCUCAACGACGUGAUGCUGAAGCUCGUCACCGAACUGAGAUGGCAAAAAUUUAUAGUCUUCUAUGACAGUGAUUAUGAUAUUCGUGGCCUACAAGGAUUUCUGGAUCAGGCUUCAAAGCUAGGACUUGACGUGUCUUUACAAAAAGUAGACAGAAACAUCAGCAGGGUUUUUGCCAGCCUUUUUACUUCCAUGAAAACCGAAGAGCUGAACCGCUACCGAGAUACGUUACGGAGAGCUAUCUUACUUCUGAGCCCAAGGGGAGCACAAACGUUCAUCAAUGAGGCUGUGGAAACUAAUCUGGCUUCUAAAGAUAGUCACUGGGUCUACGUAAAUGAGGAAAUCAGUGACAAUGAAAUCUUAGAACUGGUACACAGCGCUCUUGGACGGAUGACCGUCAUACGCCAGAUCUUUCCUGCGACCCGUGAGAACAAUCAGCGGUGCAUGAGAAACAACCAUAGGAUAUCAUCCCUCCUCUGUGACCCACAGGAAGGCUACCUUCAAAUGCUUCAGGUCUCCAACCUCUAUCUCUACGACAGCGUCCUCAUGCUGGCCAAUGCUUUCCACCGAAAGUUGGAAGACCGGAAAUGGCACAGCAUGGCAAGCUUGAAUUGCAUGAGAAAAUCAACCAAACCUUGGAAUGGAGGCCGAUCCAUGUUGGAGACAAUCAAGAAGGGUCAUAUCAGUGGAUUGACGGGCAUUAUGGAAUUCCAAGAAGAUGGUGCUAAUCCCUAUGUCCAGUUCGAAAUCCUUGGAACGAGCUACAGUGAAACAUUUGGGAAAGAUGUUCGAAGGUUGGCAACGUGGGACUCCAAGAAGGGGCUGAACGGGAGCUUGCAAGAACGGCGUUUGGGCAGCGACCUACAGGGAUUAACACUGAAAGUGGUGACUGUCUUGGAAGAACCGUUUGUUAUGGUGGCUGAGAAUAUCCUUGGGCAACCAAAACGUUAUAAGGGCUUCUCCAUUGAUGUCCUGGAUGCCCUUUCCAAGAAUUUGGGCUUCAAGUAUGAGAUCUAUCAGUCUCCUGAUGGAAAAUAUGGACAACAGCUCCAUAACAGCUCCUGGAAUGGCAUGAUUGGUGAACUGAUUAACAAGAGAGCUGACCUGGCCAUCUCCGCCAUCACCAUCACCCCUGAACGAGAGAGCGUGGUCGACUUCAGCAAGCGCUACAUGGAUUAUUCCGUAGGCAUUUUGAUCAAGAAACCAGAGGAGAAAAUCAACAUCUUCUCUCUCUUUGCCCCCUUCGACUUUGCUGUGUGGACUUGCAUAGCUGCGGCCAUCCCGGUAGUUGGUGUCCUCAUCUUCGUGUUGAACCGAAUCCAAGCAGUCAGAGCCCAGAACUCCUCUCAGUCUGGAGCCUGCACUUCCUCCACGCUUCACAGCGCCAUUUGGAUUGUGUACGGAGCCUUUGUUCAACAAGCAGCCAUCAUUCAGGAUCUGCAUUCCGGUCUUCCUCCUGAUGGUGCUAAAGUCUGGAAGAGUUUUGUUGCCGUAAUUGUAGUCGAUAGAUUUCCAGGAAACCUGUGUUUGGGCAGAACAUUUCAGGACCUUUCCAAGCAGAUGGAUAUCUCUUAUGGCACAGUCAGAGAUUCAGCCGUUUAUGAGUACUUUAAAGCGAAAGGCACCAACCCUUUAGAGCAAGACAGCACUUUUGCUGAGCUGUGGAAGACCAUCAGUAAGAACAACGGAGCUGAUAACUGUGUAGCAAACCCUUCAGAAGGUAUCAGGAAGGCCAAGAAAGGCAACUACGCAUUCUUGUGGGAUGUGGCUGUGAUAGAAUAUGCAGCCUUGACCGACGACGAGUGCUCUGUGACCGUGAUUGGGAAUAGCAUCAGUAGCAAAGGCUAUGGGCUAGCUCUUCAACAUGGCAGCCCGUACAGAGAUCUCUUCUCGCAAAGGAUUCUAGAACUACAAGAAGCCGGGUACUUGGAUGUCUUCAAGGAGAAAUGGUGGCCACGGAUGGGGCGCUGUGACCUGAAUAGCCACACCAAUGCCCAGACGGAUGGGAAAGCCUUGAAGUUGCACAGCUUUGCAGGGGUCUUCUGCAUUUUAGCCAUCGGCCUACUCCUGGCCUGCCUGGUGGCUGCCCUCGAGUUGUGGUGGAGCAGCAACCGUUGUCAUCAAGAAACACCGAAGGAGGAUAAAGAAGUCAACCUAGAGCAAGUCCAUCGGCGUAUGAACAGUUUAAUUGAUGAAGACUUAGCUCACAAGCAACUGUCCCCCGCCUCCAUCGAAAUCUCAGCCUUGGAGAUCGGUGGCAUGUCAUCCAGCCAGGCCCUGGAGCCUGUCCGUGAAUAUCAGAACACACAACUUUCUGUCACAUCUUUUUUACCUGAACAGACAGGACACGGGGGAAGCAGGACACUCUCCGGUGCCUCUGGGAGCAACCUGCAGCUGCCACUGAGCAGCACUGCCACAAUACCCUCAAUACAGUGUAAACACAGAUCGCCGAAUGGAGGACUAUUUCGCCAAAGCCCCGUGAAGACCCCCAUUCCCAUGUCAUUCCAGUCUGUGCCAGGCGGGAUUAUUCCAGAGGGCCUGGAACCAUCCCACGGAACAUCCAUAUAAAGGGAGUCAUUGACCAGCAGAGAUUUUUAAUACAACUGGGGGAAAUUUAAAAAAAAAAAAAAGACUCUUACAUUUUUCUUGUACAUAUCUGUAAAUAAUGAAAGAAUGAAGUGGGGUUAAAAAAAAAGUGUAUUUUGAAUAUUCCCAAUUUUCAAAGUCAGUAAAAAACAAACAAACAAAAAUGCAAAAAAAAAAAAGAAAGAAAAAAAGAAAGAAAAAAUGUACGAAAGACUUUGUAAAUUUUGUUCUCUAUGAAUAAAAAAAAAAGGCAGAAGAACUUGUGAAUCUU